AUGCUUGGCCGGAUGAUGAUUGGAAAGCUCCCCAAAGGUAUUACCGCACAUGAUGUCGAUACGCUGCUUCAAAGAGUUGCUUUACCCAGAGAAAACGCCACACCUGUCGAAAAUUGUGUUACCUGGAUUAGGGCUGCAAUCCAAGCACUUCAGGAAAAACAAUGGGUGGAGAAUUUCGAUAUCGACAAACUCAUGGAUCACACACUGGACGAAUCUGAUAAGUGGUAUGGAGCAAACAAAAACCUGCAAGGCGCAACUGAAAUGGCCAAUUAUACAAACCGCCCGCUGUGA